UUGUUUACAUUGCUGGCACACGGGUCAGGAGUGUGGCGAUGAGAGGGGCCUAGUGGAGAGACUGUCUGAAAACACGUACACACAUCGGGACUGGCUCUGCAGCACAAGGGCUCUCUCUCUCUCUCCCUCUCUCUCUCUCUCUGACAAGAAAAAAAAAAAAAAAACUUUUAUAGCGCUCAGGCAACAGUGCCACGCAAGAACAGAGGCCCGACGACUCUUUUUAUUUUUUUUUUGUGGUUGGUUGGAGCGACCUUGGAGAGAAAAAGAGAAAGUCAAAAAACAAAAGAGAACCGCCAUAACCAUCAGGAGAAACUCUCAACGUGAAGAAGGAACAGCUUCCUGAGGUGCAAAGGAUCAAGCUCCUAACACCAUGGAUAUGGACACGCAGCCACAAGGACAGCAAGCAGCCGUGCCAGUCUUUCAACCCCAGAAACCGUUACAACCAGAUAUGGGCCAUAACUCGCUGGCGAACUUCCAGAUUGAGAAGAAGAUUGGACGUGGCCAGUUCAGUGAGGUGUACCGCGCGAGGUAUCUGUUAGACAACACGUCAGUGGCCCUGAAGAAAGUCCAGAUAUUCGACUUGAUGGAUGCCAAAGCUCGGCAAGAUUGCAUCAAAGAGAUAGAUCUCCUUAAGCAAUUGAACCACCCCAAUGUGAUAAAGUACCAUGCGUCUUUUAUUGAGGACAAUGAGCUGAACAUUGUCCUGGAGCUGGCAGAUGCAGGGGACCUCUCACGUAUGAUCAAGCACUUUAAGAAGCAGAGGAGGCUUAUCCCAGAGAGAACAGUGUGGAAGUACUUCGUCCAGCUCUGCAGUGCUCUCGAACAUAUGCACUCCCGGCGAGUCAUGCACAGAGAUAUCAAGCCGGCCAAUGUAUUCAUCACAGCUACUGGAGUAGUGAAACUAGGAGACUUGGGACUGGGACGAUUCUUCAGUUCCAAAACAACCGCCGCUCACUCGCUAGUGGGUACUCCUUACUACAUGUCACCGGAGAGGAUACAUGAAAACGGAUACAACUUCAAAUCUGACAUCUGGUCGCUAGGAUGCCUGCUCUACGAGAUGGCCGCCCUACAGAGUCCAUUCUAUGGGGAUAAGAUGAACCUUUACUCCCUUUGUAAGAAGAUAGAACAGUGUGACUACCCCCCUCUUCCCUCAGAUCACUACUCAGAGGAGCUGAGGAACUUGGUAGAUAUGUGCAUCAACCCUGACCCGGAGAAGAGGCCGGACAUCACCUAUGUGUACGAUAUUGCCAAACACAUGCAGAACAUGACACAGGGCAGCUAAGCCCAGAGUUACACACACUACAGCUUGCAGAACUCCUCCCCACUUCCCUCCUUGCUCUUCAUGCUGGACUCGUACACAUCUAUCAGCUUUUAUACAAAAAUUUACUCCAGAGUUGAGCUCCUUGUGAUAAGUAAUAUGUGUAACAGAUUUGUAUUUUCAAGGUAAUGGCACAGUCUAUAACAUGACUUGCACCCAAACCUUUUCUGCCCUAGCAUAAAGAUUAGAGAGAUAAUACUUUUUUGUCAGAUGGACCUCCCAUUACUUAGACUUCAAUAAUGUUACAGCACUGAAACUCAAUGUAUUGUAACUCAGUGAUGGGUUUGUUUGGCCUUAAAACGCAUGUCCUCUGUCUUUGUAGUAAAGCCGUUCUUCAGCAGAUGCUAUUUAAAGCAGAUAUACUGGAAAAUUGUAAAAUUAAAAAAGGCAAAGU